AUGCACCCAAUUCAUGACCAAACAUUUUACUUAACCAUGGAGCAUAAAAGGAAGCUCAAGAAAGAGUUUGGGAUUGAAGCAUGGAGUUUUGUCCAAAAGCUUGGAGAUGCUGUCUUUAUACCUGCUGGCUGCGCUCAUCAAGUUAGAAAUUUAAAGUCAUGUAUAAAAGUUGCAUUAGACUUUGUUUCUCCUGAAAAUGUUGGUGAAUGCAUUCAAUUGACAGAGGAUUUCCGUGUUCUUCCCCAAAAUCAUAGGGCUAAAGAAGAUAAGUUGGCGGUGAAGAAAAUUGCACUUCAUGCCAUGGAGGCAGCUGUGAAGGACUUGGAAAAUUUUGUUCCCAAGAACUCUCAAUAUCUUGAAGACUCCCAAGAUUAUUUAAAACCUCAAUGCUCUGAAAACAUAGGGUCUUUUUCGAAUCUUAACAAAGGUCUAAUCAAAGACAAUCUCCAAAGCUCACAAAAUACUGAAAAUGGUGCAAAAGGUGAAGACGUGGGACUACAUAUAGAUCAUGACACAGCAUGUGAACGAGGGGACUAUUCUGUCCACUCCAAUCAAGAAACGCCAGAUAGUGGUGGUUCUGCAAUUCGCUCUUCUUCAAGUAGAGGCACAUCUAAUAUGGAAGAAGGUAAGGGAUCAUUGUCUUCUUCGUCUCUUAAUGACUUAGUUGCAGAACUCCGUGCCAUUAGGGUUACUAGAGACAGCGAGGUUGAAGUCAUGAAAAAAAGAGUUGAAGUCAUGGAAAAAAGACUUGAAUUGAAGCAAAAAAGGGAAGAAAGGAAACUCAAAAAAGAAGAAAGGAAGACUAAGAAUUUUUAUCUCAUGCAUCUCAAUACACUGUUUGUGAAAGAGCACUUGUCGACAGAAGAUGAAGACAUCAAACGCCAUUUCUUAGCAAUGUUGUGUGGGAAGUGA